GGUCCGGCAGGGGGCGCUCCGGUCACGCGGUGUGUGGCGGGGGGAGGUGACUGGAUGCUGUUCCCUCCUCCCGGUGAGUAUAGGCAGGUCCCGGCGGCGGGAGGAGAAACAGUGUGGAGUGCGCACGGAUAAGGAUGGACGCGGUACCUGUGCUCUGCCUGCUCGGGAUCCUCUGCUCUCUGGCGUUAUCGAUUGAUACAACACUUCCUCCCGAAGAUAUUGACGGUUCUGGAGAUGAUGAGGAGUACUCUGGAUCUGGAUCCAGGUCCAUUGAUGUCUUGGUUGAUUUGGACUCUAAGGAUGUGACUGUCUUCUCUACGUCUGUUUCAACUCUGGUACCAACCGUGGAAGGAUCUACAGCAGCAGUUCAGGAUUCAGAGAUUGUCGAUGAAGAACCUAAAGUAGAAGUCACCACAGGGUCUACUGAAACCACUAAAACUCACGAGGACAUAAUUGAAGACCUGUUUGCUGUUGAUACAGUUGCUAAAGAAGUAACUACACAUGAGGCCACGACGCCUCCAUUACAGCAGACCUUUACAGCUAACUUGGUGGAAGAAAUUGACACAAAGAAACAUCACCAUCAUCACCACCACAAUCAUCAUCAUAAUACAACCACAUCUUCUCCAUCUCCUACUUCUGAGUCAGGUGGAGAGGAUGAUGGUACAAAAGAUACCACUAUUGAAGUUGGUGAGCCCGUUGAUUUUCCUGAGGAAACGACCACCAGUACACCAGAAUUAGAGUCUGAAUCAGAUCAUGUUCCCCUGGGACUGACAACACCUGGUGUUCUGCUUGAAGAAACCACUUCUGGUUCUACCAGUACUUACCCAGAUAAUGAUGAAGCUACUGUAGAACCAUUAGAUGCUGAUAAUCUUCCAGAGUUGGAUAGUUCAGAAACUACGACUGUGGUUUCAGACUCUCAUACCUCUUCUCAUCCCCACCACCAUCAUCAUCACCACCACCACCAUCCUCAUCACCACCAUCAUACUACUACAAGUUCAGAGGGUGAAACAGAGGAUCAGCAAGAAGUGACUACAAGUCCCUCUGACCUGAUUGAACCUGAGGAUAAUGUUCAAGAAGCAGAACAUACAACACCUGUAGCCGAGGAUGAAUUUCCCCAUCAUGAACAUCCUCCCCACGAAACUACACCUAGUCCCACCAUGCCGACAGAACCUGAAAAGCCUCAUGAAGUCCACACACAUGAGCCAAAGGGUAGGAGAAUUCAUGCUCCUGAUGUUAGAAGCACAACUGCUAUUCCAGUAAUAAAUGAAGAGGAACGCCUUCCUGAAGAUUCUGAAACCGAUGACUCUCCUAGCUCGACCGUGCUCUAUAAUGUCUCUAGGAAUCCCAUUGAUGAAAAUGAGAUUUCAGACUCUAAGGAGGAAGGACCAUCAGGAGUAGAUGAGGAUAUAUUUUUUGAAGCAACUGUUCCAUCCAUCAAUAGAAUGAACAAUGAAGACUCAAUAACUGAUGAUGGGACCUCUAACGCCUCCCAUGGAAUCAUGGAGAGAAAAGAACUUCUUGCAGGAAUCAUCGCAGGUGGAGUGGCUGGGUUGGUUUUUGCGGCUUUCCUGGUUGCGUUUGUGCUAUACAGGAUGAAAAAGAAAGAUGAAGGAAGCUACUCUCUGGAGGAACCGAAACAGUCCAAUGGUGGAUAUCAGAAACCAAGGGAACAGAGGGAGUUCUAUGCAUAGUCCAGCAAAUCUUCAAAUUCUCAAUGGGAUAUUGGCCUUUACCUCCUUGUUGUCAACCCACAGCUUUUGCUCUGUGGCUUUUUUGGUUUCAAAGAACUACUAUUGGACAUUAUGGAGAAAGUCCUCAGUGUGCCUUCCCACAGUGCCGUGCCCAAAUAUCGAAGGCCUUUAUGUUGUCCACACCCAAGUUAAAGACUCCUUUAUCACUGUCAAAGAGCACAUCUUGACUUCUUUUCGGAUGACAGUACCUUCAAUGCCUUGCUUCAAUUGUAAAUAGACUAUUUGUUUUGUUUUUUAUUUUCUGUCCCCAAGUCAAUUCAACGGUACAUAA